AUGAGGAAAGGCGAGUUUGAAUACGUGUUCGCCCAUAACCGAUUUAUAUUUAAAGAAUCGUCCGAGUUUUCUGAGAACUCUUACCUCUACCUGAUCACAAGCAUGGUACAUUUACAGAUACUUGGAGCAUCUACUUCUAUUUUGAUCAUCUACAUGGCGACGAUGAUCGAGGCAACGGUGGCAACGACGGUAACGAUAAGAGAGGUGGAUACGACGACCGAUGCGUCGGCAACAACGGCGACAAGAACUGAGGCAGCAGCGGCGCUGUUGCCGGCAGCAACUACAACGGAGGCGGUGCCAAUGCUCGAUGCGCCAGCGCAAAUUGAACCUCGACUGUUCGGCUUAGCGACGAAGGCGACUACCGUCUUGAUAGCUUUGUCCACUGUCACCUCCACCAAGACCUGCGUAGUCGUAGUGGCCGGAGGUCCCGGUCCCGGUUUGUGUAAACGCAAACGCCGUUACGUGGAAAUUCAACCAACUCUGCCGACUGAGGAGAAGUUUACCGGCGACGUCGAGCUCUCCGGCUCCAUGCUGGACUCGAGUCGUCCUGACGAAGAAAUCGCUGGCAAAUCUGCCCGCGGGUUUUUGACUUUCUGGAAAGCAUCCACUUCAACGUUUGUGCUGACUUCCAACGUCACCAGCUUCGUUCAAAUAAUACCUAGAUUCAUCCAAAUCUUCAUUGGGUUAGGGUGCAGAGCCACCCUCUGCAUACACAACUAAAUGCAUUAUGAAAAAAUACAUAUCUAUUGCUCUUUAGUAUGUUCCUCGACCCUACACAAUUAAAAUAUUAUUUGAUUGCUUACUUAUAUCGCUAAGAGAGAAUGGACUUUAAGUGGAAUUCACUCUUUACCGUACAUGAUCCAUAUAAAAGAAAAUAUAUUCAUAAAAAUUAUUUCGGUAAGAUCCUAUUACCAUAGCCG